AUGUCUACCACGACUCUUAUGGAAGCUACCACAACAACUACUUCGGCAUUCGCAACUUGCACAACUGCAGUUCCUGGGAAAUAUGGCCGUGUUCCAGUUGAUGCAUGCAAUGCCAACUACUUCUUCGAUCCCAGCUUCGGCGCCAAUCUUGCUUUUUGUGUGCUCUUUGGUCUUACUACAAUGACCCAUCUGAUCCAAGCGAUUCUCUUUAGAAAGAGAUUCUGCUGGGUGGCUAUCAUGGGUGCAGCGUGGGAAACGAUAGCAUUCGCAUUCAAGACCCUUGGAAGCCGAGAUCAGCAGAACAUUACAUAUCUCACUUUGGGUCAAAUCCUCUUUCUACUUUCUCCUCUUUGGAUCAAUGCUUUUGUAUACAUGGCAGUUGCGCGCAUGAUAUACUUCCGUAUGCCUGGUCAAAAGCUCUUGGGUAUCAAAGCCAUUCGCAUGACACUCCUUUUUGUUUGGCUAGAUGUCAUUCUCUUCCUUGUACAGGGCUCAGGAGGUGUUUUGCUAUCCAACACAGACGCCGACAGCAAUAUCGUCGACAUUGGCAUGAAGAUCUAUAUGGCUGGUGUUGCCCUUCAGCUUGUCGUUGUGCUCGUCUUCAGCGGUAUCACGGUCUUCUUCUACUUUAAGCUCCGACAACUUGAGGGUCGAAGCAUGGGGCGCAUGAAAUGGCUUAUCUGGACCAUGGUUGUCGUUCUCACUUUGAUUGUGACACGAAUCGUUUAUCGCCUUGUUGAAUUUGGCCCUGGUGUUAACGCGCAUAACACUCUUCUCAUUCACGAAGAGUAUCCACUCGGUCUAGAUGCUGCGCCAAUCUUGCUCGCUCUUAUACUGCUGAACAUCAUGCAUCCUGGUUUUAUUCUCCGCGGGCCAGAGAGCGAAUUUCCUAAGCUGUCCCGCAAGGAAAAGAAGGCGCUGAAAGAGCAGAAGAAGCAAGCUAAGAAGGCCCGCAAGGCUGGUAUUCGUGAACUUGAGGACUUGUCUAUUGAUGAGCGGUCAAACAGCAGCAGACAGAUGGUGUAA